UGCAAAAUUACCGAGACAGGAUCCUGUCUCAAACUAGUACAGCUGGUAGUACAGUACAGCAAUAUUAAUAUAUCUGCGGCACAAUGCAAAGUCCACCCAAGCCUCAGUUUGCCAGUUGGCUCAUCGAGCAAGUGGAGACGGGCCAGUACAUGGGGCUGUGCUACGUGGAUCAAAACAAAUUCAGAGUGCCGUGGAAGCACAACUCCAGGAAAGACUGCAACGAUGAGGAUAGUAAAAUAUUCCGGGCCUGGGCAGUGGCGAGUGGGAAAAUCAACGAGUUCCCCAAUGACAAGGCCAGAUGGAAAACCAACUUCCGCUGUGCUCUUAACAACCUGUCUCAGCGCUUCAAGAUGGUCACAGAUAAUUCCAAGAAUCAAGAUGACCCCCAUAAAAUCUACGAGAUUAUGAACACCGACGGCAACUAUGAAGGUUUGCCAAUGCAAGAUUCCCAGGAGGAAUCUGACAUGACUCCAGAUAUAUUCAGCCCAACCUCUGAGUAUUUUCCCGCAGGAAAUGAGCACAAUCUGCAUCAGGACUUCAUGGCCCUGGAUCUUGGCAACCAAUCAGCAGCAGAAGAGCAGUUGUGGAUACGRCAUAAUAAUCCUGUUCUCGAUUAUCCUACUGCAACUGAGAACCUUCCGCAAUAUUUACCAGCCGAUCAGAUGGCCUACAAUCAAGUAAAUGCUUCUCCGGUCCUCAGUUCACCACAGCAGCCUAGUCUGUACGAUCUGGAGAUCUCCAUCCAUUACAGGAAGAAGGAAAUGCUGAAGACGACGCUGCACACYAACCGUCUUCAGCUCCACUACCACAGCGAGGACCCCAAGUUCAACGCCUCUCAACUCUGCUUUCCUUCCACUGAGGGCCUGCUGGACCACAAACAGAUUGAAUACACCAACCGCAUACUGAGCAGCAUCCAGCGAGGCCUGCUUUUGGAGGUACAAGAGACCGGUAUCUACGCCAGUAGGCAUGACAACUGCCACGUGUUUGCCAGCACCAGUGACCCCAACGUAGCUCAUCCAAACCCCCAAAAAUUGCCCAAAAACACAGUGAUGGAGCUCCUCAGUUUUGACAAAUAUGUUAAUGAGCUUAAACAUUUCAAGGAGAACAAUGGCCGCUCUCCUGAAUACACCAUCAACAUGUGCUUCGGAGAGAAGUUUCCAGAGGGAAAACCGCUGGAAAAGAAGCUUGUCGUCGUGAAAGUGGUGCCUCUAAUUUGUCGAUAUUUUCAUGACAUUGCCCAGAUGGAGGGGGCUUCAUCUCUUCACAGCGCCAACAUCAGCCUGCAGAUUUCACACAACAGCCUCUUUGACCUCAUCAGCUCUGUGUUUUCUCUGCCAGGAGCUGAAGAGCAACUAACCAUUGGUGUGCCUUUCAUUGAUCAGACUGGAAACUUGAUUUCUCACUGAUCUCUUGUCAAAGUGAUAACUGUAAGUUAMAGUGCAGAAAGUUAACUGACCCUUUACAAUUAAGGCAAGAUUAAACACAGCUCAUCUCCUUUUCAUUUGUUGUUUGCACCAUUGAAACACUGACACUUAAACCACUACAAAAGCAGAAAGUCUCCUUAGCUAAUGAACUGUUACAAAACAAACCUUUACACAAUUACUGCACAUAUAAGAUUCUCUUUUUACAUAUAUGCCAAUUUGUUUUUCAGUGUCCAGUUUCAGAAAAAAAUGUUGUAUUGGUUUUUAGAUAAGCUAUAAUCAUGUGUUUUAUUAUCUCUGUAAUAAAUGUUUGUCUCUAAGAGCUUAUAUGUAGUAAAUCAGUAGUAAUGCAGUUCUACCCCACAGAGCUUAUAAACUAUGUAAAAUGUAAAUAUAUUAGAUUAUUAUUUUUUCUGUAUUUAACUGAGAAUAUAUUAAGUUUUCAAAUGGUAAAAUAAAAUAAAAAAAACCU